CUCCUGCGGCGCUCGGCGUGGUUAGUGUCGGAGGAGGGUGGUGGUUGUUGUUUGUGUUGUUUGUUGUGUUGUUGUUUGUGUUGUGGUGAGUGUUGUGUUGUUGUUUGUGUUGUUGUUGUACACUACUAGUAUAUAGUAGAGAGUGUGUGAGUGGUGGUGGUAGUGAGUGUUGUUGUUGUUUGUGUUGUUGUUUGUGUUGUUGUUGUUUGUGUUGUUGUUGGUAUCCGACAUGAGCUUGACCCGCCAAGAGGCCUACACGGCGCUGGGACUUCCCUAUGUUGUCAUGCACAGGAGCCCCUGAAGCAGAAAUUAAAUCCGCAUACAAGAAGCUUGCUCUGGAAUGGCAUUCAGAUAAGAAUAAUCACAGCAGUGACACUGCUACCAUUAGAUUUCAGCAAGCUACAGGAGCAUACCAACUCCUUGCUGCGGAGAAAACGGAGGCUCACAUGAGCUUGGAGGACAUACUGGAUUUAUUGAACAUGAUGUUUUUUGGAGCUAUGGGUGGAUUCCCAUUUCAUCGUCGGCGUUUUGUAUUCUCCAAUGGAGAUCGAGACAGGUUUUACAUCUCGGAUGACGGCAAUGUGGAUGACCUGUUGAACCCAAGCGGGGGUUCUCACGAACCCAGCGCCUAUCCCUGCCAGAGCAGCCGUGAACCUUACCAUCGUACGCAAGCCAGCAGCAGUAACACCUCCACAGCUCACACGACUCCACCUUUGCUCGCACCGGUGACAGUGGCCAAGUCGCCUUACAAGGGCGGCAUCCGCAAGCCCCUUGCCACGGGGGAGGUCGUGAAGAAAAAGCGAAAAGUUUUGCAUCUGUCGGACUCCGAGGGCUCGGACAGCAUGGAUUUUACGGUCGACGAAGAGCUGCUCGCAAGUGUGUCGGGCGUGAUGCCGUCCAAGCGAACUGAGCAGGCCAGGGCAGCAGGCAAGAUGAGAUCUGCCGUCGUUGUCACGCGUGUCAAGACGACUCCACCUUUGCUCGCACCGGUGACAGUGGCCAAGUCGCCUUACAAGGGCGGCAUCCCCAAGCCCCUUGCCACGGGGGAGGUCGUGAAGAAAAAGCUAAAAGUUUUGCAUCUGUCGGACUCCAAGGGCUCGGACAGCAUGGAUUUCUUGGUCGACGAAGAGCUGCUAGCAAGUGUGUCGGGCGUGAUGCCGUCCAAGCGAACUGAGCAGGCCAGGGCAGCAGGCAAGAUGAGAUCUGCCGUCGUUGUCACGCGUGUCAAGACGGCGAUUGAGUUCUCAAGAAAAACCACGUUGACAGCAAAGAUCAAACAAGGGAAGAUGGCCUCUGCAUCACCUUCCAUCAAGCUUCCUGCAAAACGGCGACACUCACCCUUUGACUGGUUUGAGGGUCCAGAUGUCGACACCACUUCUGAAUCGGAGGAUUAAAAGAGAAUCGGAGUUUGUUUUGAGCGACGUUGUUCUACGUUCCAUUGUUCUUGGCGAAAUGGUAGCCAGGGUGGAGACUUUUAGCCAAAACAGUUAAAAUGUUUUGGGUGUUCAGUUUUAAGUCGCUGCUUUUCAUAAAUUUUCAGAGAGGAGGUGGGGGGGGUGGACACUUUCGCUGUUAACACUGGUCAACAACAACAACACAGCAUGUUUUUCUGGCCUGGACUUUUGCAGCUGUUCUAGACUAAUUUCAGGGUGCUGAUUCCAAAUCUGAUCUCAGAUUUGCUCAAUCACAUCUCAUUUUUAAAUCCUUUAUAUUAAGUUCGCUUGCUUGCUUAGGACCGUGCAAUUCUUUCGGUCGUUUUUUAACCCACUUCCCGUGAUCCAAUCGAGCUGACAUUUUGCACACAGACUCGUGCGUGACAAUGCAUCUUCGUGAAAAAAUUUUUCCAAAAUUUUACACUGUUUAGGGAAAAAUUUAAAUAUUUAAUUACCAAUUAUUUAAUGGUGGCAGACAAUCAUCUGACCCAUAGGUGGCAGCCAUCUCAAGCCAGAGGACGAGAGGACUCUAGCCGCCCCGAUGCCACGCAUAUAAAGGAUUUAUAGUGAAAAACUUUGUUUUUACGGGUUAAUUUUUUAUGCUAUCGGCAUACCCCAUUUUCAUUGAUUUUACCCGAAAUUAACUCUGUCACUUAUGAUUGCAAGUUGUUGCGAGUCAGUGACUGCUU